AUGUCCGCCCUCACCAUCACGCUGAACGACGGCAACAAGAUCCCUUGGCUGGCAUUCGGCACUGGUACAGCCUUGUACGGAAAGGACGUGGAGAACGCGGUCAGCGUCGCGAUUAAGAACGGUAUCGUCCAUCUUGACGGCGCCCAGUCCUACGGGAAUGAGGACUCGCUCGGAGCUGCCAUCGCUGCCUCGGACAAGCCGCGCUCAUCGCUGUUUGUCACAACUAAGCUGGGCAAGAUUCUGCCAGGGCAGACUGUCCGCGAUACUGUGUUGACGUCCCUGAAGAAACUCCGCCUCGACUACGUCGACCUUUUCCUUAUACACUCACCCAAGAACCACGAGGGAGAGCUGAGCUCUGUCUGGAAGCAGGUCGAGCAGGUCCAGAAGGAAGGGUUAGCGAAGAGCAUCGGAGUUUCCAACUUUCGCGUCCAGGACUUCGAGGAGAUUCUGGGUGAUGCAAGCGUGGUCCCUGCUGUGAACCAGAUUGAAUAUCAUCCAUACGUCUUCAAGGCGGAUGAGCCUGUAAUCAAGUAUAUGAAGGAGAAGAACAUCCUGCCGACGUCUUUCGGUGGCUUAACGCCGAUUGUGCGCUUCAAAGGCGGCCCCGUUGAUUCUGUCCUGACCUCUAUCGCUGCACGAGUUGGAAAGACAGCGGGCACGACGGUGACAGAAGGACAGGUUCUGCAGUUGUGGUUGAGGGCCAAGGGGAUCCCUGCUAUUACGACAACGUCCAAGGAGGAGCGGGUAAAGGAGUAUCUUGCGACGGAGACGUUGCCCGGCCUCUCCGCGGAAGAGGUUGCAGCGAUUGACGAGGCUGGUUCGAAGACGCACCACCGAGUCUUCUCCAAAUGGUGGGACGACUGA